AUGUUAAAUAAAAUCCCCGAAGAUAUCCUCCAAACGGUAAUAGAACAAAAAUCGCUAAGUAAUCAAGAUUUAAUUAACUUAUCUUCAACUUGUUUGUAUUUGCGAAAUUUUAUUUUACAAAACAACUCCUUGUGGAAGAAACAAUACUUAGAAAAGUGGUCGGAAAUAGAAAACUCCUUCCAAAUAAACGAUUAUUUUACGGAAUUUCGACACGCUUCCAACAUACAUCGAAAGGUGGAUGAAAUAUUAAUAAAUAUUGCAACGAAAUUUAUCGAUAAAGAACAAUUAUCAGAUACGGUCUUCGAAGAAUUUACAGAAAUAGUUACUUCAAGGUACCUAAACAGACAGUAUACAGAAAAUUGUUUAAGAGAAAUUUUCACCGAUCACUCAAAAAUUAAUACUCAUGAUGUUGUUUCAUUAAAAACACCCGGAAAUUUAACACUUAAAUACUACAGUUUAUUAACAUUACAUUAUUUAAAACAUGAGGACUUGAAAAAUGAGUGGAUCCAAUUUUGCUCAUUAAAAGAAGAAGACCAACUGUUGGAAAUCGGGAUUAUACUGCUAAUACAAUGGAUAAAACCGCAAUACAACGUUAAAAUCGAACACUUUCGAAAUCUAUUCGAUGAAAUGACAGAAAAAGUUAAGAAACAUUUAAAAAUAAGCAAUCCAAAUCAUCCUUUAUUUAAAACGAACUUGAAUGAUUUGAAUUUGUGGAGAAAUAAAAAUAUAUACGAGAAUAAGUUUUCCUGGUUCUAUUGUGAAGAAAUUUUGGAAACGAUGAAACAAGUUAUGUGCGAAAUGAUAGAUUUUUGUGGUGACGAACCCGACUAUACCGUUAAAUAUCCAUUUAUAGCGGACGUUUUGGAAUCAAAAGAAGGCGAACAAAUAACAUUAGCAAUCAUUUACCAAGCCAUAGCAAGAAGACUUGGUGUUCAUUUACAACUAAUACCAGUUGAUUUUGGUUGCAUUUUAAAAUUUGUUGAACACGAUACGAAUAAUAGAAAAGUGCAUUAUGUGGAUGUUUUCGAAUGGGACGAAGCUUGGUUUGACUUCACUUUAUAUGGAAACUCAAGAUGUUCACCUUUAAUGGUUAUUAAAAAAAUGAUAAAUAGUAUUAAAUUUAUUUUAACUGAAAGACGACAAUCCGUGGAACAAAAAGCUCUGGUGAAGCGUUCAAUUCUAGAACUACACCAAAUUGUUGACCCAUAUGAUGUAGAAGCCAGUAUUCAAUUGACCUCUUAUUAUAGGAAGCAUAAUAUUAACACGAGUCCUCAAAAAAAACCCUUAGAAAGACAUUCGGAAUCGCAAAAAAGUAUCGAGAGAUCUCUCGACGUUAAAUUCGCGGUUGGAAUGAUUAUGAAACAUAAACUACAUAAUUAUAGCUGCGUUAUUUACAAUUGGGAUCCUUUUCCUAAAAUAACAAUUAACAGCAAUUAUCCGUGGAUCCAGGCCAUGCAAAAAAAUCAACCGUAUUAUUACGUUUUAUUAGCGAGUGGGGCUAAGAAAUAUGUGGAACAAGAAAAUUUAACGUUUAGUGGAGAUAAAGACGGAUUGGAUAAAAAUCCAGAAAUUGGAAGAUUUUUUACACACUUCUUUAAUAACAGUUAUGUGCCCAAUUGUGUACUAAAUGACAAAUUUCCGAAUGAUUCUGAAAUCAGAAUGAACUUUUGUUAAAUUGUGAGAUGGAGAAGCAUUUAACAAUACAGUGAGUUUUAAAAAUCAUAAAACACAAUAAUUUUCCUCCAACUAUUUCAUACUUUUAGUUAUAACGCAAAAAUUCAAAAAAUCCUUUUAUUUACGAUUUUAGAUAAAACAUUUUAUUAUAACACGAACACAAUUAAUGACAAAACG